GAUCGAGAACUAAUCCGAGAUCACAUCUUUUUUCCGCGUCCGCAUAACGCGAUUUUCGAAACCGCGCAAUUGAAAAAGUCUGGCAUUCGUUCUCUGAGCCUUCGGCUAGUCAAACCUAUUGUUUAUGUUCUGUUAAGGAUUUUCGUCGAUACGACUAUGUUAAGAAUAUUGUUUUUGGUGCUUUUUAUCGUGUUUGAUAUACCGCACAAUAACGGCUCCGAGUCGGAGCUGGCGUUGCUCGCCGAGCGGCCGACCCGGAUCGUCGGGGGCGAGGACGCCGAGCAGGGCCGACACCCUUGGCAAGUCUCCCUCCAUUGGCUCAACAAGAAACGUGGCAUACAGCCCCGGCACGUCUGCGGGGGAACGCUCCUCACGGCUGGUUGGGUCCUAACUGCUGGGCACUGUAAGACUUUGUCACCCAAGAGGCCCGGCGGCCAGUACCUCAUCUACGCGGGCAAGCACGAGCUAGGCAUUACCGAGGAUACCGAGCAGAGCCGUCUCGUCCAGGAGACCUUUGUCUACCCGGACUACAAGGGCUCAGUCGGCCCAUACGACAUCGCCCUGAUGAAGCUGGAAGAGCCGUUCGAACUUAACGACUACAUAUCAACGGCCUCCCUACCCUAUCCGGAAGAAAUGCACAGCGGUAGUGCUGUAUUGACUGGUUGGGGCAGCGUCAGCAGGACUCGCAGGCCCGAGAGCCCGGAAGUACUGCAAGCUGCAACACUGCCAAUACUGGAUUACGAGGAGUGCCGGGAAGCGCUGAGCGAUCGCCUCAAGAAGGAGGGACGGAAUCCGCUUCAUCCAACGAACAUCUGCACGGGUCCUCUCGACGGCUCGCAAUCGGCCUGCAAGAGAAAAUUUGAAAUGCUAAUUCCUAGGUUUCCAUUACGUUUUCAUAUUAUGAAAUUUAAUGUUGUUUUGCAGGGUGAUUCGGGAGGACCACUGGUAGUGACGAAUUCUUUCGAUAUGGUUGAAGUAAUUGGCGUUGUGUCUUGGGGAUUGUUUCCUUGCGGCGGAAGAAACGCUCCAUCCGUCUACACGAGAGUUUCCGCCUUCGUCACGUGGAUUCACAGAAUCAUGUUGAAUCAUUAAAAAAAUUAUUAUAUCCUAAAUUACCUGAUUUAUAAUGAGAUAGAUAAUUGUUAGGCGAUUUUGUGAUAAAUUUGUAUUGUACAUAGAGAAUGAAAUAAAAUGGAAACAAUAUUGUGUUACGGAAUAAAUGUUGUGAUGUUUUCUGGAGAUAUUGGGGGAGCAACGAGCAAUGAUUAUUAAUGGAUAUGCUUCGAUCAUCCUUUGAAGUGAAAAGUAACAUUAACGAAAUUCCACGCCUCAAUCAAUGAUAUGCGUACGCAAUAAUAAUAUGUAUAAAUGAAUUUUAUUUAUUUACAAUUUUAUUCAUUAGCAUUGAAAUUUUAAGCAAACUCUCAACAAAUUAAGAGAUAUGUAAUGUCUCGGCGCAAGUUUCCAUUUACCAAUUAAUCCAACUCGUAAUUCAAUUACAUUCUACAAUAAAUAAUUUCUUUAUAAGCUCAUGUGUGAUAUUCAAAAGUUUCAUUCAACUAUUUUUCAUCGGUGCACGAUAUAGAUAUUUAUAACAAUAAUUUAAGCUGCGUCAGUAACUUUUACCUCCUUUUCCAUGCCUUAUAAAUUGCCUUACAAAUUGCUUUUAUUCGUAUGAUUAUCGUUGCAUUAUAUUUCAUUUAUGAAUCAUAUUUAUUUUUUU